AUGAACAACACUGGAUCGCCACCAGAUGUCCUACAGACGGCAGGCAAUAUGCUUGAAUGCUAUGACUUUCAAGAUAGACAAAAGCCGGAACUUUUGGAGUUGACAGGCAUCAGUCAACAUGGAAGAGCAACAAUGAGCGGCCUCAACGAUUAUGACUACCAAACGCUGGGACAGCUCACCUCCGGCGACUCACAUAACCUACAACAGCUGCGAACGCUCACAAAAUGUGGUAUACCCAAUGAGGUCCUGGAGCACUUUAAGCAUAUCAAAUGCCACUGCAUAAUGGGCUUGCUUCCGGACAUUGGACGCGCCUGGCUGACAAUCGAUUCGGAUAUAUAUAUUUGGACAUAUGAGGAGACGCGUGACGUAGCCUAUUACGAUGGCCUUAGCCAUUUAAUUCUGAGCGUUGGCUUGAUAAAGCCAAAGGCAGGCGUUUUAAUAAAUGAUGUCAAGUAUCUGCUAUUGCUGACGACGCCCAUUGAGGUGAUCGUCCUGGGUGUUACAUUCGAAGAGCAAAAGGAUUCUAGAGGAUGCACAGUAAAAAGUGGUCGAAUGCAGCUAUUGAAUAAGCCGCUCUUCGUUCUUAGUACCGAUAAUGUUACCAUAAAUGUUAUCGAGGGCACAAAGGACGGACGCAUCUUCUUGGGCGGUCGGGAUGGUUGUCUGUACGAAAUUGAUUAUCAUUCGGAAUCGAGUUGGUUUGGCAAGCGAUGCAAGAAGAUAAACCAUUCUCAGGGACUGGUCUCCUACAUAGUGCCAAGCUUUCUAAAAGUGUUCUCGGAGGUUGAUCCUAUUGAGAAAAUUGUUAUUGACAAUCGGCGUAGUUUGCUUUAUAUUUUAACUGAAAAGAGUUCCAUCGAAGCCUGGCACAUUGGCGCAAACUCUACGUCCAUGCGAAGGCUGAGCAAGAUUACACAAAAUGAUAUAGCCUGCCAGGCGGUUAACUUGAUUAAAACGGUUGAUCCAUCAAUUUUCAAGAGUGUAAAAGCCAUUUGUCCGCUCAGUCCAGACAGUUCCAAUUUCCUGCACCUUGUUGCUGUCACGCAAUGCGGCGUGCGUCUCUAUUUCUCUACCUCGCGCCUAAACGUACAACAGCAGAAUGUGUCGGACAACUAUGGCUAUAAUAAUAAUCCAAAUCAAUUAUCCAUGGGGCAAGGAGAAACGGAGACAUCGAGAGGAAUUUUUCUAUUGCAUGUUCGGCUGCCACCUGGUUACACGCCGAAUGCAACAACCAAUAAACCGAAACAAGUUCAUGCUGCAUAUUACAGCGAGGGCACAAUGUUAAUGGUCACCACUCAGCAGCAGGAACAGGACUUACUCUGGUCCAUUAGCUCUUCGCCGUUUAGCAAUUUUUCAUACCUCGUUGAGUCGACAGCGUUGGAGAAUCUGGAUGGCAUCGUUUGGAGCAUCUCCGAUGUCAAGGAUGCGAUUCUGGACAACACGAGUUCUUUGCUAUAUAAUGCGCGCACAUCGCGUAGAGUCAUUUUGCUUACCAAUCAAGGUACCCACAUUGUGGAGCUGAUGAAGUCUGUUCAUAUUCUUCAGCAGUUGCUGAUAUCCUGCAAGGGACCACACAAUGAGGCUGUAAAAAUGUUCUUUCAGACGCAGAACGAGCGUGAGGCUUGCUUUACAGCGUUGCUAUUGGCCACCUCGGAUCUGUUAAAUGGCAGCGAUAUUGCCCUAUGGGCCACUCAAGCAUUUAUGCUCUAUGGCGGAGAGCCUUGCUAUCAACACUAUCUAAAUUCUACUAAUCGCAAUUUGCACAAUAGCACAAUCAGCACAAACCCUGGCCUGGCUGGCAGGGAUCGAAUGCCGCCGAUGUUCAUGUCCACACCUAUGCCAAAUGCUGCAAAUAUAGGCGCAAUGUCUAGUCAAUACAAUCAGGCAAUAAGUCCUAUUUCAGCUGCACAAACUACACAUCACCAGCAACAACACUUCACACAAAAGCAACAACAGCACUCGAUGCCCAGCAAUGAGAACUCUCCAAUUAUAUAUUCAGCGAAACAUGAUGGUCUCUUUUUAUUUGUGUCGCGCAUGCUGCGAUCCAUUUGGCAAUCACAUUGUGUUGAUGAGAAUAUGUGCUCGAAGCUAAGUUUAUCCGAUUGCUCGAUGCUAUUGUCCGAACUGCGUGCGUUGCGCUCGUUUUUGGACAAGCACUCGGUCCAUGAUAUUUCAGUAACAAGACGAAUGCCGUAUGACAGUCAUUUGGCCCUGAUGAACAGUACCCAAAUGCCACUAAAUGAACACCGGAACAUUGCGGAGCAGGCACAGAUUGAGGAGAAGCGUUCGCUGUCCGCUCUAAAUCAGUUUAUUAAACAUGCCUGUGAGGUAAUGUCGCUGUGGAGCAUCCUUAUUGAUCAUCAAUUUCCAUUGCUUUGCCAACAAUUGUCGCCGGAGCAUCAGAAAAUGUUGAGGUGUUGCACAUUCCGGGAUCUGCUGAUAGCACGCUCUGAGGUGUGCGCUUUCCUGAUCAUUGCGCUUAUCAAUCUAUACCUGAAGGACAAAGCUGAUGUUGCAGAGUUGUCCGCCUGCUUGCGUAGACUAUGCCCGAAUCUGUACAGGUACGAGGAUGAGGUGACCUACAAAGCAACCGAAAUACUGAUGAGUGCCAAGAGCUGUAAGUCAGCAGCCGACAAGCAACAAAAACUGGCCAUUACAUUGCGAAUGUGCCUGGAGGCCGCGCCAACGCUGCCACUGCACAGCAUUUGCCAGCAAUUCAUUUCGGUUGAUUUCUUUGAGGGGGUGGUUGAGCUAGUUGCCACGUGUGCUUCGAAAACGGAUCCAGAGGAAAUCGGUAUUCAUUAUUAUAAUAACAAUGAGCCGGCUGAGGAUCACGAGGGCUACGCUUGCUUUGUGACACGUAUGAACUAUUACAAGGAGGUGCAGAUUAUGCUUGAUUAUGUCUACAAUACGGUUCGUAACAGCAAAUGCGAUCAGGAUCAGAGUGGACUCUUUCAGCCAAAUUACGAUGAAAAGGAGGAUCAAAAUGAUAUGGAAAACAGAUCAAAGCAAAUUAUUAAAAAGAUCACAAACCAGGCACUCCGAAAGAAAGAUCCACUUAUGCAUGUCUCGAUCUAUGAGUGGCUGUUGACCCACGAAAUGAACAGCGAAUUAUUGGAUUUGACUGAGCCCUCGUUGGGCGAAUUCUUGCGACGCAGUGUUAGUCGAAAUCCAGAGAAUGUCAAAUUAAUUGACUUACUCUGGAAGUAUUACGAGAAGAAUGGGCACCAUCAUCAAGCAGCGAAGAUUCUCGAUAACCUGGCCAUGACAAGGACCGAGAACAUAUCUUUGGAUGUGCGUAUUGACUACCUGGUGCGCGCUGUCAUGUGUAUGCGCAAUGAAACCGUUGGCUCAUCCGUGACUAAUGGCAUAUUUCUGAAGGAGCUGGAGGAUAAGUUGGAAAUUGCGCGCGUUCAAAAGUCUGUGCUUGCAGCGAUGUCCUUGCUUUUACCUACAAAUGAAGCUGCCAGACAGGCUGUGAAGGACUUGAAUAUUGCACUUUAUGAUAUCACACAAUUGUAUCAGAACUUCGCAGAGCCAUUCAAUCUGUGGGAGUGCCAGUUGUCCAUUCUCAAUUGCUCCAAUCACAAUGAUCCCUUAUUGAUAGAGUCCGUAUGGGGAAAUAUAAUUAAUAGCUCUGUCGAGGGUCCCGGCACAGCACAGGAACGCAGUGUAAAGCUUUUUACGAAAAUUGAACUAUUGGUUCGAGAGUUUGGUGAAUCCGGGCCGUGUUUUCCAUUUGCUUUCCUCAUCAGGGAGCUCGAGAUAAAAGCCUGUCAACUCCAUUUGCCUGAGGGAACGGUGCCAGAAAAGCUAUUCGCCAUGAAGCUGGACAUUGAACUACUCCUAGAAUAUUAUUCCAGAAUGAUUUCAAUGAAUGAGCGCAUUUGGGCGAACGAAGGCAACGAGUGGCACUUGAUACAGUCGGCUAUACGCGUUGUCACACUGUUGGCGGAUAAUGCCCAAGCUAUUUGGUACCGCUCCAAGCGACGGAUAUUAGGUAAAGCACAGGACAUAGUCGCGGCUUGCUUGAACAUUUGUUAUCAGAAGCCGGACACCAAUCGCCUGCAGCAUUCUCUCAAGGAGCUUCAAUGUCGUUUGCAACGGCUAUUAGGUUAAUGUCUCUGAACUUAGUUAUUUUCAAAUGGUAUAUAUUUUUUUAGGGCAAAACAAUAAUGGUAUAGCUGUUAAGUUUGACUGAAGUAUAAAAC